AUGAAGAAGAUUGUAGGUGGUUCUCUCAAGAUAGUCAAACAAACCAUUCAUUUAAGCUGUCACGUUAAACCCAACUCCAGCGCAUCAAGAGUAGGUAUAAAAGCCUUCUCAGACACAUCUUCUUCAAUCGAAGUAUGCGUCGCCCAACCAGCACGGGAUAAUGAAGCAAAUAAAGGUGUUGUUGAGGUUUUGAGUCACAUAUUAAAAUGUCCAAAGACCGACCUAGAAGUUAUUCGUGGGAGAACAUCGAAGGAUAAGAUUAUUGCGUACAGAGGUAUAGAGGACUUGUUGGUAGACGAUUUUCUAGCUAAAAUGACACUGGAAGGGGUUAGACAACGUUUGCGGAUAGCAAGUAGAAAUGCCAAGACCUGA